AGUGAGGGGUCGUUACAUAGUUCUAUUAGUUUUCGAUCGUUUCUAUUCAAAAGUGGACUAAAUAAGUUGAAUAUAUAAUAAUUUUCUCGUCAAAACCCAUUAAUGGAUAUUGAAAAAAUCAUUGUUUUCUUUAUAUAUUGCGGAUUUUCGGCUAUUGAAAGCUUUAAGUGGAUCUCUUUAGAUGAUUCCAAGUCAUUGAGAAGCACCUUACCAAAGGCCGGAGAAUGUGGAAAAAUUCCAUUAAGUUCGCGUAUUUUCGGUGGGAGUGAGACACUUAUUGAUGAAUUUCCCUGGACCGCAAUGCUUGUGUAUGAAAACAGAGACCUUGUCAAAAGCACAUAUUGCGGCGGCUCGCUUAUUAAUACAUUUUUUGUACUAACGGCAGCGAGUUGUGUCGACGACAAUCUAAACAGAGAAAUGGGUUGGCUUUUCAAGGAAGUUCGUCUGGGUGAAUGGGAUAUAAGUACCCCGGAUGAUUGUGAACCCAACGGUAAACGUGCGGCAUUUUGCGCACCACCGCCCAUCACUAGAACAUUGGCUAACAAAUUUGUCCAUCCAGAAUUCGAUAUAAAAAAGCAAUCCAAUAAUAUAGCGCUCUUACAGCUAAUGGAUCGUGUUGAGUAUACGGAUUUUAUUAGCCCCAUCUGCCUGCCAUUGGAAAAGGGUCAGGACUUAUUAGGUUACGCCGAUGCCACGGCUGAAGUUACCGGUUGGGGUAAGACCCAAAAAGCAGCAAGUAGUCCAGUUAAAUUGAAGGCAAAUGUAGAAAUACGCAAGCUUGUUGAAUGUGUGGAUCAAAUGAUAAGAGCGGGUGUGGAAAACAGCAUUACCUAUUCAUCGAAUCAGCAGGCUUGUGCAAUGGGCGCUGACACAAAUGCCUGUAAAGGUGAUACCGGUGGACCGCUGAUGAUUCGUGACACGCAAAAUGGAAAAGAAGCAUAUUAUUUGAUUGGCAUAGUAUCGUUUGGCUUCGAUACGAAGACUUGUAAGACGAAGGGCAAUCCGAGUAUUUUUACACGCGUUGCACCGUAUCUACAUUGGAUUAAAGAGACCAUCUCGAGUACGUAAUACCCAACAAAGUACACGAAUGUUUUAACAAAUAUUUAGCAAACAAAAUUAUCAAAAUUAUUAAUAAUUGCCUUUUUGUAAAUCUUGAAAAUAAAAAGCUAUAUUCUAUAAAAUAA